AUGGCAGCUACUGUGCUCGGCCUCCUCGCGCUGCUGGCUGUGCCGGCGGCAGCAGAUUUGUUCCCGGACUGUGUCCAUGGGCCUCUUGCAAACAAUACUGUCUGUGAUACGUCUGCCUCAGUGGCAGACAGAGCCAAGGCACUCAUCGGAGCCAUGACUCUGGACGAGAAAUUCAACUUGACAGGCAACACGUCUCCAGGAGUGCCGCGUCUGGGAAUACACAGCUAUCAGUGGUGGCAGGAAGCAUUACAUGGCGUGGCAAGUUCUCCGGGCGUGAGCUUCAGCCAAAACGGAGAGUGGUCAUAUGCGACCUCCUUCCCACAACCAAUCCUGAUGUCGGCGGCGUUUGAUGAUGCGUUGAUUCACGCUGUCGCAACGGUUGUCAGCACCGAAGCACGCGCCUUCAACAAUGCCAACAGGAGUGGACUGGAUUACUGGACACCCAAUAUCAACCCGUAUAAGGAUCCGCGUUGGGGUCGGGGCCAGGAGACCCCGGGAGAAGAUCCUUUCCAUCUCAAGUCUUAUGUCGCUUCCCUGAUCAAUGGUCUCCAAGGUGGCCAUGACCCAGCGAUCAAAAAGAUCGUAGCCACUUGCAAGCACUUCGUAGCGUACGACCUGGAGAACUGGGAAACAACAGACCGAUACAACUUCGACGCCCAAGUGACCACCCAAGACCUAGCCGAGUUCUACAUGCAGCCGUUUCAGACUUGUGCGAGAGACGCCAAUGUUGGCUCGAUCAUGUGCUCUUACAACGCUCUGAAUGGUGUGCCCACCUGCGCCGAUCCGUACAUUCUCCAAACAAUCCUAAGAGAACAUUGGAAUUGGACGGGUGAGGGCCAGUACGUGACCUCUGACUGCGACGCAAUCCAGAACAUCUACAUGCCGCACGACUAUACAACAUCCCGAGAGCAAGCCGUCGCCGAUGCCUUGAAAGCAGGAACGGAUCUUAACUGCGGUACAUACUACCAGACACACCUUCCUGUGGCGUAUGAGAUGGGGCUGUUCAAUGAAAGCGUCCUUGAUCAGACCUUGACCCGUCUAUACUCUUCCCUGAUACGCCUGGGGUAUUUUGAUCCUGCAUCCGCCACUCCGUAUCGCUCCCUCGGCUGGCAGAAUGUUUCCACCCCGGCGUCGGAAGCUCUUGCAUUGAAAGCCGCCGAGGAAGGCAUCGUGCUCUUGAAGAAUGACGGCACGCUGCCAUUGUCUCUGCCAACAAACAAGAACACCACCAUUGCUCUGUUUGGCGAAUGGGCCAAUGUGACGACACAGCUGCAAGGGAACUACUUCGGACAGGCUCGCUUCCUUCACGCGCCACUGUAUUCCCUGGAGCAACUACCUCACGUCAACGUCCUCUACACGAGCAGUCAAGGCAGUAUCAACUUCCCCACCACCGAUAACUGGGAUGACCUGAUCUCGGCUGCUGAAGAGGGCGACAUAGUGAUCGUCGCGGACGGCAUCAAUGAUGACGAUGAAAGCGAGAGCUUGGACCGGUACGACAUCAGCUGGGCCCCGGGCAAGAUCGAUCUGAUCAACCAGGUCACGGCGAUGGGCAAGCCCGUCAUCUUGCUUCAGUUGGGUGACCAGCUCGAUGACACUCCAUUCCUGAACAACCCCAACAUCUCGGCUAUCGUCUGGGGUGGUUAUCCGGGCAUGGCCGGAGGUGAUGCCCUCGUCAACAUCCUCACGGGCAAAGUGGCCCCGGCAGGAAGGCUUCCCGUUACGCAGUAUCCUGCCGACUACGUUGAACAGGUCGCGAUGACGGAUAUGAACCUGAGGCCGAACGCCUCCUCUGGCAACCCUGGCAGGACGUACAAGUGGUACGACAAUGCUGUUCUUCCAUUCGGAUAUGGUCUGCACUACACCAACUUCAGUCUCUCGGCAGCUGAGCCUCAGCAGUCUUUCAACAUUUCCAAGCUGGUGUCUGGCUGCGACCGUUCGACGUACAAGUACCUCGACCAAUGCCCCUUCAGCACGUUCAACGUCAACGUCACCAACACGGGCAAAGUGGCGUCGGACUUUGUCACGCUGGGAUUCAUCAGCAGCCAGAACGGACCUGCGCCACAUCCCAUCAAGGAACUGGUGGCGUACCAGAGGCUGUUCAACAUCACAGGGGGCUCGUCGCAGACGGCGGCGCUGAACUUGACGCUAGGCAGUCUUGCACGGCGAGAUCAGAACGGAAACCAGAUUCUGUAUCCUGGUGACUAUGGAUUGUUGUUGGAUGUGCCAACCCAAGCCAUGGUGAACUUCACCUUGACCGGCAGCCCGGUGACACUGGAUCAAUGGCCACAGAGACCGGCCAGUGGGUGA